CGGUACUCUAGGCAGAGACAUGGGAGAAGAGAACGGUGGUUACAACUCCAAAGAAGAGAGGAGCCCUGCUGCCCUGGGCGGUCGCUUUUUAAAAGGCUCCAUGCCCUGCAUGGCUCUGUAGCGCAGGGAAAGGGUUGGGGCCGCUGGCUGGAAGCGGCGUUGUAAUGGCUGGCUGUCUUUGUUGAAGGCGCUGCCAAGACACGUGAUUCGUCGCAAUGGCUCAAGCAGCGGCAAGGUUCUCGUCUGCUGGGACUGUCCUUACUCCCGUUGGACAGCACGUCUCGUCAUCUGAAGCCUGGCGGGGCACAGGAAAGGCAGCAAAACCCGCCCGCGCAUCCCUCAAGGAAUGCAAUAAAUUUCUUAGGGGUUCAUUUCCAGGGAACGUAUUGAAGGUCGACUCUUUGACACAUCGUCAGCCAGUCACUUCGCAGAGGUCGUUAGGAGCUCGCGCCCGAGUCGCUACAAAAGGAGAGGUGAACGUUGGGGAGGAGAUACGGCUGCUAGCGCGGUAUCCCGACCUUCUCAAGCGACAGGAGCUGGACAUUGAGUUGCCUAUGCACCAACCCCGCUCGGGCAAUGAUAGUCUCCUAGAUAUCCUAGUGGUAGGGGCGGGGCCUGCCGGCCUAUCUGUUGCGCAACGAGCCUCUGCUGCGGGUUUGAGGGUUUGCUGCGUUGAUCCAGGGCCAAAGUCGAUCUGGCCCAAUAACUAUGGGGUGUGGAUCGACGAGUUUGAGGCAAUGGGGUUGACGGACUGCUUAGACUAUACAUGGCCGAAGGCGCGGGUGUGGCUGGACGGGUCAGAUAAGCGGAGCUUGGACCGGCCGUAUGGGAGGGUGAACAGGAACAGGCUAAAAACAAAGCUCUUGGAGGGGUGCGCUGCGAACGGAGUAACCUUUUACGAGGCUAAGGUAGAAGGAGUCGUUCACGAUGAUGCAAUCUCAACGAUCACGUGCAGCAACGGCACGGUUCUUUCAGCGCGCGUUGUCGUGGACGCGAGCGGCCACUCUCGGAGCCUGGUCAAGUAUGACCAGCCGUUUGAUCCAGGGUAUCAGGUGGCAUAUGGGGUUUUGGCAGAGGUGAAGAGCCACCCUCUAGAACAGGACGCUAUGCUCUUCAUGGACUGGAGAGAUACGCACUUAGAUCCGGAUCCGCAGAUGAAGCAGCGGAACAAGGAGCUGCCAACCUUCCUGUAUGCCAUGCCGCUCACUCCUACCAAAAUCUUCUUAGAGGAGACUUCUCUCGUGGCUCGGCCCGGCAUUCCCUUCGAGGAGGUCAUGGCGCGGUUCGAUCUGCGGAUGAAGCACCUGGGGAUCGAAAUAUUGGGGGCGGAAGAGGAGGAGUUCUGCUACAUUCCGAUGGGCGGAGUGCUGCCCCUCAUCCCACAGCGGGUCCUUGGGAUUGGGGGAACUGCUGGCAUGGUGCACCCUUCGACUGGUUACAUGGUCGCCCGCACGCUCGCCGCCGCCCCCCAGCUCGCCGACUCCAUCAUUGCCCGCCUGAAACCAUCUCACAGCGUCACUCACGUCUCCCAAAAUCUUCCCCGGGGGGAGGUCGACCGACUUGCUGCCUCAAACGGCGCUUCGACCAGCGGUCGUUCGGAGACUGCUACGGCGACGCAGGUUCGGCCGGCGGGGGGUGUGGAAGGUCUGGCCGAGGGCCACGUGGCAGGGGAUGAUUUAUCGGCGGCGAUCUGGGCGGACCUGUGGCCGGUGGACCGGGUGGAGCAGCGGGAGUUUUUCUGCUUUGGGAUGGACGUAUUGCUCAAGCUGGACCUGGACGGCACCCGGCGCUUCUUCUCGGCGUUCUUCUCCCUCAGCCCCUACCACUGGCAGGGCUUCCUCUCCAGCCGCCUCUACUUUUUGGAGUUGAUACAGUUUGGCCUAUCUCUAUUCAAGCAUGCCAGCAAUACGGCGCGAUUGGAGAUCAUGUGGAAAGGGCUGCCGGGUUUGGGUGUUAUGAUUCAACAUUUAGUGACCAUGAAACGAUGACAGUUGGUACUAGUAUUAGAUUACUUUAGUCUACAUUGAUUGAGUGUGAGUUUGAGGUGAUUCUAGGUGGAGCGUUUGAGGAUCAUGCCAGGUUAUUGAUGUCAUUCACUUUGGAUCCCUCUCGAUGAUAUACCAUCAGUCAGGCCUGCGUCCGAUUGACUUACACAAAUCUUGAGAAGUCUUUUUCAGGCUUCACGAAACUCGGUGCUAUCUAAUGUCAGUCCAGGGCUUGCGCAUUAGUUGCAUUCUAGCGCCG